AUGGGUGCCCUCCUCUCUAUUCCCCUCUUGGCUGUGCCGAGUGUUGGUACAUUGGCUAAUCUGGUAUCUCUGAGUAGCUCAUCACGGUCGCAGGAUCAUGCUGUGGAGCAGCGACAUGCUCUGCAGUCUGCAGUGCCUGCGGAAAGUUCCAAAACAGGUGCCAUUCACUCUCGAUCUAGUGCGGAGAACCUCGGACUAACGUAA